AUGUCUGAUGCCAAGAUCACUGACAAAGUGGUGGUAGUUCAUGACAUGGGAAUGAGAACAGGCUGGAGAGACAACAGAAUCAACUUUUUCGUGGUGGAGAUAACAACAGUGCAAACUCAAAAAGUGGUUCGAGACAUUGUCUUCCUCAUGGAUGGCUCUAACUACAUUGGCAGCAGUAACUUUCCCUAUGUGAGAGACUUCAUAAUCAACGUGGUCAACCAGCUGGAUGUACGUCCUGACAGGGUCAAGAUUGGUUUCCUGCAGUUUGCUGAACGUCCAAAAACUGAAUUUUAUCUGAACUCCUACAACAACAGGCAAGAUGUUGUGAAUAAGAUCUCCCAAAUCAGGCUGACUGGAGGUUCAGUUUUGAAUACAGGAGCUGCCAUGGAUUAUGCCCUCUCCAACAUGUUCCAGCCAUCAACUGGCUCACGCAGGAGGCAGGGAGUCCAGCAGGUGUUGGUUCUGAUCACAGGUGGUCCGGCCCAAGAUGAGGCUAAAAGAGUAGCUGAUAAAUUGGCUCUGGCUGGUGUUUUGACCUUCACAGUCAGUUCUGGGCAAGCCGAUGAAGGACUACUGAGAACAGUUGCCUUUGUUCCAGAUUUAGCUUACCAUGAAGCAAGCUUCUCUGAUUUACCAGCUAUGGCUGAACUGAUCAUGCCAAAAUUGAUAACAGUGGUUGGAGAUACAGAUGUGACGGAAUUCCCUGAGGAGACUGUUGUUGGAGCUGAGAGGGAUGUUGCCUUUCUCAUUGAUGGCACAGAAAAUGUUCGAGCAGAAUUUGGCUACAUCCGGGAUUUCAUCAUUAAAAUCAUUGAACCGCUUGAUGUUGGGAUUGACAAAGUGCGAAUAUCAGUGGUUCAACACAGUGAGAGGCCAACUCCAAGUUUCUACCUUAACAGUUAUCAAACCAAAGAGGAGGUGAUAAAUGCUGUCAACUCAAUGUCAGUGGCUGGUGGACGCAGCCUAAACACAGGAGCUGCUCUAAAAUUCAUGAAGGACACCAUCUUGUCUGAAAGGCAUGGUAGCCGGGCUGCACAAAAUGUACCGCAGUUCCUGAUAAUUUUGGCUGGAAGCAGGUCCAGGGAUAACGUGAAGGAUCCUGCUGGUGCACUGAAGACAGAGGGAGUCGUACCGUUUGGUGUUGGUGUCAAGGAUGCGGACCCAAAGCAGAUUGAGGCCAUUUCACACAACCCUUCCUUUGCCUUCACCGUGAGGGAAUUCAGUGAACUUAGCAGCGUACCACAAAAGCUUAAUAACUACGUGAGCCUUCCAAGGGAGGAGCUGGCCAUAGUUCUACAGCAAGUACAAAGCAAUGCUGCAAAAAGAGAUAUUGUCUUCCUGCUGGAUGGCUCUGAUAAUACAAGAAAUGGAUUCCCAGAGAUAAAACUCUUUGUUAAGAGCAUAGUGGAGAGCCUCUCUGUCAGUGAAAACCAAGACAGAGUAUCUGUGGUUCAGUUUGCUGAUAACCCUGAGGUCAACUUUUAUCUGAAUUCUCACAAGGCAAAGAAUGACACUGUAAAUGCCAUAGAUAAUAUAAGGUACAAGGGUGGGAGGCGCCUUAAUAUUGGGAGAGCUCUCCAGUUUGUGAGGCACAAUGUCUUCACAUCUGCCACGGGCAGUAGACGACUAGAAGAAGUGCCCCAGAUUUUAAUUCUUCUAAGUACUAAACCAUCCACUGAUAAUGUGAGAAGCCCAGCUUUUGCUCUUAAAGAACAUGGCAUUGUGUCAGUGGGGGUUGGAGUAAGAGAUGCCAAUCUUUCAGAGUUGGAAAUAAUUGCCUUCAAACCUGGUUUUACAUACAAGGUCACUGAUUUCUCAGAGUUGCCCUCACUCCACUCACAACUUGUUGCAACACUGAAUAUAAACAAAGACACUGAGGAAACCAUAACUGGAAUCUCUGAUUUAGUAGGGAGCGAUAAGAGGGACAUAGUGUUUCUCCUUGAUGGGUCGGAUGACUCCAGAAAUGGACUACCCGCUAUUCGUGAGUUCAUCAGAAGAAUGGCAGAGGAGCUAGACAUUAGCGAAGAUAAGGUUCGAGUGGCUGUCGUACAGUAUAGUAAUGACACCAUGGUUUACUUUAACCUAAAAACUCACAGAUCCAAAAAGGCUAUCAUCUAUGCUGUUAGAAGUCUACGUCAUAAAGGAGGAAGACCUCGGAACACUGGAGCGGCUCUACAGUAUGUGCGAGACCAUGUUUUCACCGCUUCAUCUGGGAGUAGGCGCCUGGAGGGAGUCCCUCAGAUUCUGUUUUUAUUGACUGGUGGAAAAUCCAAUGAUGAUGUUUCAAGAGCGGCAUUAGAACUAAAACAAAUAGGUGUUCUAUCUUUCGCCAUUGGAAUGAAAAACACUAAACAGGGGGAGCUUCAAAAAAUUGCCUUCUCCCCCAGAUUUCUUUUCAACCUUCCUGUCUUUGGUGAACUUUUGUCCAUUCAGCCAGAGAUAGCUGCAUUUGUCCAGGCUGAAAUACAAAUUGAGCCUCCCACUGUUGUAGUUGAAUUAGAAUCCCCACAAAGAGACAUAGUGUUCCUACUGGACGGGUCAGAUGACACACAGAGUGGCUUCCCAGCAAUUAAAAAUUUUGUCCAAAGAGUGGUAGAAACACUCAGUGUUGGAGAGAACAAAGACCGUGUGUCUGUUGUCCAGUAUAGCAGAGAUCCACAGACACAUUUCAGUUUGAACACUUACAAAGACAAACAAAAGGUCCUUGCUGCUGUCCAGCAGUUGAACCAUAUCGGGGGCAGACCCCGCAACACUGGAGCAGCUCUUGAGUAUGUGAGGAAUAAUGCUUUCACUGAUUCUUCUGGGAGUCGGCAUCAGGAUGGUGUCCCUCAGAUACUGAUUCUGUUGAAUGGGGGAAGAUCUCAAGAUGAUGUUGCAAGUGCUGCUGUGGCUCUUAAACAGGACAAAGUUGUUCCAUUCUGCGUAGGAACAAGAAAUGCAGACAUACUCGAGCUCCAAAUGGUUGCACAUAACCCUUCCUAUGCUUUCUCUGUGCUUGGGUUUGAUGAUUUUGGGAGCAUCCAUCAACAACUUGUGUCAUUUGUUAAAAGGGUGCCCCGACAGCUGCCAAGACAAAAACCACAGAAUGAAUUAGGAAGUAGGCACCAGCAAGGUGUCCCUCAGAUUGUGGUUCUCUUUACUGGAGGACAGUCCAGUGAUGAUAUCAGAAAUGCUGUAGAAAACUUAAAAGGAAUUGGUGUGAUGAUAUUUGUAGUGGGAAUAAAGAAUGCAGACACCCUUGAGAUUCAGUCUAUUUCACAGGACGCCAGUCAUGCUUUCUUUGUGGCAGACUCCAGUGAUCUGUCAGGCAUUGAACAACAAAUACUUUCUGUCAUCAAGAAGCCUGAAACCCCGGCUAUCAAACCAGCAUUGUUCGAUCCCAACAGAAGAGACAUUGUAUUUUUGCUUGAUGGAACUGAUGAUUCUCAGCGAAGAUUCACAGCUAUUAAAGAUUUUGUGCAGAAAAUAGUGGCGGACCUAAAUAUCGAUGCAAACAAAGAUCGCAUGGCUGUGGUGCAGUACAGCAACACGGCAGAGACUGAUUUUAACCUAAGACGUUACUCAACAGAGGAUGACAUUCUUAAUGCA